AGUCGCAACUCAUAGAACAGAGCAAGACAUGAUCUGGGAAUGGACAUGGUAGACCGUUCACUGUCUCUCAGUGUGAAGAACAGGACAGUAAAAUACAUUUAAGGGUGGAAGGGCAGUGGAAAAUCAAGAUGCCUGUAAACCAGUCUCGAUCCACGAGGGACCGAAACAAUGUGCUGAACAGACCCGAGUUUAUGUCUCUAAAUCAGCCUUUAAAGAGCGCUGGCGCGGAAGCUCGCGGCACUGCGCGGAGGCCGUCGCAGAGACAGCAGCAAUCACACCAGCCAGGCGAAAAUGCGCAGAACGAGUCACCCGAGAACAAUAAAGAAAAGAAGGAAUUACCAGAAGAAGACUGCAUGCAGCUUAACCCCUCAUUCAAAGGCAUCGCUAUGAACUCUCUUCUGGCCAUUGAUAUUUGUAUGUCUAAGCGGCUCGGCGUGUGCGCGCACCCCACAUCGUCGUGGGGAAGCGUGCGCUCUAUGGUCAAGCUGCUCGCGCUCACUGGCCAUGGCAUCCCGUGGAUCUUCGGUACAAUUUUGUGUCUUACAAGAAGCAACACGUUGGCAGGUCAAGAGGUAUUGGUCAAUUUGCUGCUAGCUCUCUUUCUGGAUGUGAUGACUGUAGCAGGCAUGCAGAAGUUGGUGAAGCGUAAAGGGCCUUGGGAAAUGGCACCCAGUUUCCUCGACUACCUGGCCAUGGAUAUUUAUUCUUUCCCAGCAGCACAUGCAAGCCGAGCAGCCAUGGUGUCUAAAUUCCUGUUAGCACAUUUGGUGCUUGCAGUUCCUCUGCGUAUUUUGCUUGUGUUGUGGGCCUUCCUAGCUGGCACAUCCCGUGUGUUUCUGGGUCGCCACCAUCUGACAGAUGUCGGAUGUGGCUUUGCCUUGGGAUUCCUUCAUUACAGUUUAGUGGAGAUGGUCUGGCUGUCUUCCAACACGUGCCAGACUCUAAUAUCCAUAGGAACAUUCAACUGGAGCCCCCUCUACUGAUCAUUUCAGGAUUUCAAAAGCCGCUGCAUGUUUUUUUUUUUUUGUUUUUUUUUUCAGAUUAAGUGACUUCCGGCUAUACUGAAAAGUGCAUGACUGAAACAUGCACUAAAAAAAACCUUUUCCUAAGCAGCACACAUCUAUUAGCUUUAUUUGAACAUUUCUUGUACCAUUUCUGCUAAAGCAAUAUAAAGUUUGGAGAAACGCUUCAGGUGCACAGUUCCCUUUCACUUUAAGAGAAAGGAUGUUGAUGCAAGACUUUUUUCUUUUUUUUACUGUCAACAUUGAUUAAAGGCCAAAUCACUAUGUGUGAUUUAAUAUCAAUUGGCUAAUGGAUUUUAUUGAUCACAGAGCGAAGCAUUUGCUCAGGGACUUUAUCAAGCAGCAUAAUAAGUCAUUUCAGAUUUCUAUUUUCUUGGAACUGUAUGUGAUUUUCUGAAUAUUUACAAUGUAUAUAAAAUGUUGUAAAUGAAACCACCAUGGACUGUUUUACAUGAUACCAUGGCUAAUUUGAGACUUUUUUGGACUGUUUUUUGCUUGUCUGGAGUUUAAAUUCAGCUGUCCUGACAUUUCACGAUACUCUGAAUGCAUCACAUUUAUAUGAAUGAAAUUACUGAACAUUUCAAGCACAUUUUUUUCACUUUUACCAAAAUUUGCAAUGUUGUUUAUAUGAAAUUUAUGUUUUAUGUUAUGUAUGUCUUCAAUCACUGCAAGCCCCAGAUUUGCCAUUUUAUAUGAUUUUCACUCCAAUGUUAUAUGUGUAUGGGCCUACCAUACAUGAAAGAAUCCCUUCAAUGAAUUUGAUACCUUCUUGUUGUAAUCAAAAGUAUUUUAGUGUUGUACAGAUUGAUUAAAAACAUAAAUGAAACAUAAAUCAAACAAGUUGUACUUCUUUUAUCAACAGUAUAUAUAUUGGUCAUGAGUUUAGGUUAUUGUGUAUA